GGUGUAUGUUACCAGUCUGCUCGUGAAUUGAUAACUUGUGUAAACAGUCAUAUCCGCCGGGGCAGCCUCUUCCCUCACCCAUUUAUAUGCGGAUGUUGAUGUUUGGGAAGUGGUGAGUGGCACUUGGGGCUGCGUGUGGCCUCUAGUACACCUCAAGUGCUAGCUAGUCCGCUCUCACUGGCGCUACAGCGGCGGUAUGGUGACUGAUUAUGACGGUAUCUAACUCGGAGACACGCGGAAGAAUUUAAUUACACGAUUAAACUUAGGAAAUAUUUCAGUGAAGGUUGUGGUGAAGAGGCAAGCGAGGAGGAGGCAGUGUCAGCAAGCGUCAUGUCGGGCGUGGUGGCCGCGGAGGCCGUCAGGCCCAGCCACAACUCCGCUUUCAGCGCCGUCAGUCGCAAGAGUUUCUCCUUCUCCGUGGACUCCAUCCUCGCCACCUCUACGCCCAAGGAGGCGCCCAAGGGCUCCAACCCAGGUGGCCUCCCUUUCCCCCCUGCCACACACACGCCUCCUGCCCUCCACCCACUCACGCCGCCCGCUGAAGACAGAUUAUCCCUGAAGGCGACGCACGACGGCUGUGACGACGACGGAGACGCCGAUGAGGAAAUCAACGUCGACUCGGAGCCUGAAGACGAUGCCCGGUUCGAGUCCCGACUGGAGCGGGAAGAGGAGGUCCGUAGGCUGGGGCCACCCGUGCCCACGUUACUGGGGCAUUUGGGGGGCGCCGGGCCGCCCAUGCCCCCAGCCUCCACUUCCGCCACCUCCCUGUCACCAGCUGCCACUUGGCCUCCAAACCUCUUCUUCCAGCACCACCUGGCCCUUCGCGCUCUAUCCAAGUCGCCGGAGCCUCCGAAAUUCCUGGGGCCGAUGAAGGUGACGCUGCGGAAACACAAGCCCAACCGGAAGCCCCGCACGCCCUUCACCACCCAGCAGCUCCUGGCGCUGGAGAAGAAAUACCGGGAGAAGCAGUACCUGAGCAUCGCCGAGAGGGCCGAGUUCUCCGCCUCCCUCAGCCUGACGGAGACGCAGGUCAAGAUCUGGUUCCAGAACCGACGCGCCAAGGAUAAGCGGCUCAAGGAGGCGGAAUUGGAGAGGCUUCGUUACACAUCGCGUCCGCUUCUGCCCCAUAACCCUCUGCUGCCUCCCGCCUCGCUCCUGCCGCACUUCCUGCUACCUCCUGGCCUCCACCACCCCUCGCAGCUGCCUCCCAGCCUGCGGCACCUUCCCAGCCACCAUGCAGAUCUGCGCCCUGGGGGGAACUACGCCAAUCCCUCCAGUGUCACAGGUGGCAGUGCCGGGUGCCACUAGCACCGGGUCAUACUAGUACCUAAUACCUGGUCAUACUAGAACUGAGUGCCACUAAUACCAGGUGACACUAAUGCCUGGUACGGCUAAUGCUUGGUGCUGCUAGCGCCGGGUGCCACUAGUGCUGGGUGCAGCUACAGCUGCUACUGGUGCUAGGUGCCACUAACGCCGGGUACUGCUAGUGCUCAUUAUUACUCGAGUUGGAACUGCUCAUACCAAAAUGUGCUUAGUUACACAAUGGUAAGGUGCCACAGCGCGGGAUGUCACUCGAGCUGCGUGCCACAGCGCGGGAUGUUACUUGUGCUGGGUGCCAUUAGCGGCUGUGGGGCUGGGUGUCGCAUGUAUGGGGCCCAGCACACUACCCUACGACACGGUGUAAAACUGCAACUGCGUCGGAGCUUGCUGUCAAUCUACUGGGUGUAACCCAUUACUCUUCAUCAGUAAAAUAAGAGGCCAGCUGUACGAAUCUUCCGUGCCAGCGUGCAGUGCCAGUUGCUUCCGCAGCGACACAGGGCCAGACUGGCGUGCCUACCCGAGUGGCAUAGCACUGCCCCACAAGAGCAGUCAGUGCCAAUGCUUCUCCCCCCCCCCUCUCCCUCCAAACAACAGUUAGCACUCUACUAACACCUUCAUGCCAAAGAUACUGCGCCGUCUGUGGAACAGGGCGGAGCAUAUAAUGAUAUAACAAUGAUGAUAUACUUCACUUUAUUAUUCGUACUCUAAUCCCCCCAAAUAAAUAUGUAUUAUGUUAAA